CACAAACCAGAAGGAGAACCCAUGUCGGAGCACAAUAGCAACGAUGAACCGCGAUUGAUCGAGUACUUCUUCGUGGCUUCCAAGAUAGGCAGCACGCACUCGAUUGUGUUUCAGUACCCGCCCCAGAAUCAUGACCAAGAUGAGUACCCCCAGAGCGUUCUCUUGUUUAUGUUUCCCAGUCGAAGUGCCGACGCUCCGCCAGCGAUGUACAAUGCGUUUGUGUUGACCACAGCCACGGGGACAUCGCUUCAUGGCGCGUCCAUCUGCAUAUCGUCAUCGGUGUCCAACAACUACGCAGAUGCAGUGUGCCUCACGUCGCUCUGCAUUGUAAGCAAGCAUCCUUUCUACACAUCGUUACUACAGUACUUGGAGCAACUCGCUGUGCUCGGCACCUGUCAACAUCGAUGGAACACCCAAGCGAAUCAAUUGCUGCAGCAGUCGCAUCACAGUGUUCCUUCCUCCGACGACAGCCACCACCAGCCGACUGUGCACUUUGUAGAGCAAUGCUUGACCAACUUAUUGCACGAAGUGCCCGUGCCCCGCGUCGGGUCGGCUGGGGUACUGUGCUCGAUCGCCGAGACGGACAUAUUGCUACAAGCAGCGCCCCUUGACUGGGAGUUUGUCGAGUACACGUUUCAGCUCGUGGAGCCCGAGAACCUCGUGGCGUUGGUGCAUCAUGCCCUGCUGGAACACUCCAUUCUGAUAUUGGGCACGGACAACCUGUUUAUCACGGCCGUAGCCACGACCAUCCGCCUGCUCCUGGCGCCAUUGCAAUGGGACCAUGUGUUCAUCCCCGUCGUGCCCCACGGUGUGGACAUCGCAACGUUGCUGGACGCGCCCGUGCCGUUCAUUGCGGGCGCUCAUGCCUCGCAAGUGCCCCACCCGGCGUCCUUGUCCUCUCCCACGGCGGUGGUUCGGUUUGACAUGCGCGACAACCGUCUGCAUGGGUCCCGGGCGCGCUUGCCGGUGCUUCCACCGGCGGCCGAGGCGUUGGUGACCCUACUGAGUAGCCACCUCGUCGGAGCCGACGGGGGAGAGUCGCCACCUUCGUUGCUGCCUCAUAUCCUGCAAGAUCGCCGCAUGCGAAUGCACGCUCGCCUGCGCGAAUCAGUGGAAGGGAGCCCCUCUCUCCACAAAAGCGAAGGCAGCAACCUGUCGACGUCGUUUCUCACGUCCGUGAACCCGCUGCGACGGACAAUGGUCAAGUGGUUUCGGCGACUCGUGUGCGAGUACCGCGCCGGUCUGGCCAAGCAAGGCACCAAAAAGUUCUUGGCGCAAAAGACCGGUACCGCAAAGGUGUUUUUCACUGCGUGGAGCAACACGAGUGCGUUCCAGCAGUAUGUGGAUCAAUUUAGUUCGGAAAAAGCAAGUUCCAGUGGCGGGUCGUCCUCGUCUCUCCGAAACGACCGGGACGACAGCGACGACGAUAUAGACAACGAAGACGAUGAGCCAGCAUCGCUAGGACUCGAUGCCAUCCAUGUUCCAUUGCGACCAGCGGGGCAUGAUGUCAUGCUGUCGUUCUUUCAACAAGCCAGUGCAGCUGACGAAGCCGCAAUUCCAUCAUCGCAGCGGCUAACAGUGUCCACGGCCAACCUCAGCCACUACGAGAUUGCCUUUCCAACGCUGACAAGCGAUGCAUUGGGGGCGUCACGACGACCCAAGUUGCCGUACGAGGUGCCCGAAGUGGCUUGCAAAAAGUCCCGCAAGCCCAACUCGACCGUGGUCGAGUGGCUCGACAACUGGCUGCACGGCGGGAAGCUGGCCAAGUCCCCACCCGCCAUCUUCCACCGCGCCAAGACCAUCGGCAGCCACCUAAGUCCUCGGCUCAACUUUCACCGCACGAAAACCAACCCCGACGUCCCCGACCACCCGUGGCUCCACACCGCAUGUGUGCCAGAGUGCAUGGCAAAUGUCGCCAACUGCACCCGCGUGCUCGACGACCUGUGGGCCACCAACGCCAAGAAACCGAGUCUCGCGUUGGAGCAAGCAUAUGUGGAGUUGAUCCACACGCUGGGGGCGUGCCGAAAGACGUCGCAUCGACACGACUUGGAGGCGGUGUGGGAAACCUGUUUGGGCGCGUCUCCCUUGGGCGGGAUCUUUAACCAGCUGGGCCACUGGCGACCGUUCAGUUGGCUCAUCAAGACAUGGAUGGACCACGGGGACGUGGCGCUGGCGGUGACGUGGCUGGCUCAGAUUCAAGUCAACUACCCACACCACCACGACGCUGUUCUGCCGCCAACCAGUCCGACCAGCCCCACUCGGCUGUUUUCCAGCGGUUCUAGUAGUACUAGUAGUGCUGACAUUACUACUACUACUAGCAGUAGUGCUAGCGCAAGCAUGGGCGGUGGGUUGGGGCUGGCGCCGUGCAUGGAAGUGGAGCUGGAACCGCUGGUACAUCGCGUGUAUGCGACAUUUGGCAUGGGGUCCCUCGGCCUGAUCUUGCAGCCCUUCAACGACAAGCAGGGGUGCCAUGUCGCUGGCUUUCAACACCAAGACGAGCGGUGCCGUAUCGAAGAAGGCGAUGUCGUGGAUACGAUUGGCGGCAAACCCAUGAUGCUGAGUUCAUUUCAUGACAUCGUCACAUGCCUGGUCGAGUCGCCGCGACCUAUGACUGUGAGCUUCAUUCGAGGCCUGACCAACGUCGAAGAUGUGUUUCAAACGUCGGGGACAGUGAAGUUGCGACCGCGUCGAGAGAUGCACGAUCGGUUUGGCGAGUUGUUUGAGCGCGGCAUCCGCCUGACGCUGUUGGCAGAUUGCGCCACGUGUGGCCACCGUCUGUCGGAGGCGGACCUGCAGACGACCUUUCGGUCGACGUGCCCCAGCUGUCAAGGGUCGUUGAGUCCGUUCUUUUGCGUGCGAUGCAUGGAUCAGCCGCCGUCGUCGCCGAUUCCGUACUUCUCGUGGAGCUACCUCCAUGCGAGAAUGACGGCACAUGACGACGGAGGAGGAGAAACCAGUUGGCCCCUGCGUCAAUGGCACGCCAAAGACCCGCAUGUAUACUGGAACAUUGUGGUCAAGUGCCUCAGCUUGGAUUGCCCCUUCGACUCGUUCCUCGUGGAUCUGAACGAGGACGAAGGAGAGGUGGAACCUGCAGCCCCGGAGACGACGACGUCGGCAGACAUCCACCGACUGUGCCAGUACGUCCUGGGCCUGCCGUCGUCAGCCACGGACAGCAAGUUGGCACCCACACAAGCUCUGGCGCGACGGUUGCUGCGGGUCGGUGACUUGGUGGUGGUAGACACCAGCGUUGAACGUCAUAGCAAGGUUCAUGCGAAACCGAGUCACAAGUGGCGCGACGACCGCGUCGAGUCUAUGGCCACGACUGAGUUCUCGUCGACUACUAGUAUGAACGACUAAGUUGAAGGGAUAAUGGGGUAUCGCAUGUAAGUUAAUACUAGGUCGCGG